AUGCAGAAUAUCCCGAUAGAUACCCUCUCUGAUGUGUCGGAUAGCGACUCCGAAGCAGAACAGCGCUGUUCUUCGCCGCCUACUAGUGCAUUCCCUCAGUCCUCAGAGGCCUCCGUUUCAGGUUCGCGUCAGCUGAGUUUUACUUCUUGCUACCUGUAGGUACUGCAACGUCUGCCGCCCAAUCGUUUCUGCGAAGCAACCGACGCAAGCGUAAAAUUAAAAGGUACCUUUUAGUCACUCUUAACUCGGAAAGGUUUAAGGGUGAUGCGUCACUUUGUAGUGACCCCGAAAUGACAAAAUGGUGGAAGAGACGAUACGAUCUAUUUGAACGGUUCGACGAUGGUAUCGAAUUAGACAAAGGUAAAUUGCGGCUCUUCUCAACUUAGCGGUAGCAUUAUCACUUACUUUAUCACCACGUAAACAUAUUCUUGCGGUCUGAGCACCUAUUUUUCAAAACUGUACAACUCGAUUUUCCGGUGAGUCUGAUGGGUAGAUUUGUACAGAAGUGUUUUGGGCUUAAUUACCUUCAUUCAGCCAAUAAUAACCCUGACCAAUAGCUAAAACCGGAAGCAAAGAUGCUGCCAUAGCCUAACCAACUUCGACCUGGCAGGUGGUUGUCCGUUCGCGGUUUCUGUAAGCAGCCCUUCCAUGACUCUAAAUUACUUAAACGCACUUGACACAAGGCAAUAACGAACCUGUCGAUGCAGGGCAACCUGACCCUUGACUCACAUUACUCACCCAACCAGUCAGCCUCACCCAUACGAAGCUUGUUUGCUUCGGGUAGUGGACAGAUCGGUGUGCGCCCAUUCAUGAAUGAAUAUAUUGGCUAGCCGAAGCAAAAAAGCCUUGUAUGCAGCUCGAUCCCGCGACCUGUUGGUUAGAAGUCCAACGCCCCUAGCCACGGAGCUCGUUGUCCUGUCGGUUGCGAUCGGGAAUACUAGCAAUGCUAGAGUAACACGUACCGGUCGCGUUACGGGACUCAACUUUCCCAAUGUGCCUUUGGGGUCUCCCUCGAGCCCCGACAAUCUUUCGGCCUCGAAUAGAGAACAGCAGGUGUGAAUUUCGGAAGGAGUCCAUAGAAGCGCCGUCAAAGUAGUGCCCGCACACAGCCAGCCGGUGUUUUAGGCUGAACUGCCAUUUGUCCCGCUUCCAUUCAUUUGUGAACACUUUUGUACUUUAAUGUAGGAACGUGAUUACUUUCAUUCAAUACAAUAGAUCUGAAUCGUCGAUUUUUAGUGUUACUUGAUAGCACCCAUGCGGUAGCAAUUACCUCCGCCACUUUGAAGGAAAAUAUAGGUUAGCGCUAAUUGGUGAACUCUAAAUUCUGGAAAAAGGCUCUUUGUUUGCGUUUUUGCCGGAAAAUGUACACUAUUUAAUUCAAUAAUUAAGUCGUCCCUCACUCUCUCUCUCUUGCCUGUCGCAAGUGUAUUUCUUGUUGGUUGCCGGCGGUGUCGGGUUGAUGUCAUUCUAACCUUACAGUUGCUGAAAGUCCCACACCGAGGUCGGUCAGCGGUAAUUUGUCCAGCUAGGGCCGAGGUUGAGUUUUCGUGAGCAUACUUAAAAUCACAAAACACAGCUUUGCCGGACAGAUCAAUUCCUUAAGUUGGAAGGCGGAAGGUCCUCCUUGCCGCUGUGGUCUGGGCAGAGUCGUUCAGUGCCUUCAAUCCGUGUUUUGACAAGUGUUGGCCAAAAGCUAAGACCAGCUGAGAAGAUGGCGCACCUUGCGAGCACGAGAUCAUCCAAAAUCUCUCAAAUGGUACGGACGUUAAGUGGAAUAGCAUUACUGACAAAGACAGGUGAAACUGAGGUGGCCAUUUCUGGCUUGUUGGCCGUCGUCAGCCAACCAUAUCCAACCCCGGGGUGUGGAACACCUGGAGAUGGAUCCCUCUACCUGUUGGUUAAAAGUCCAACGCCCCUAACCACUGAGCCACAAAGCUCGUCCUGUAGGUUGCUGGCAGGGCUCGAAAGAGGGCUCCGAAGUAAAACGGAAAAAGUGAGUUUCGUAACGCUGUCGGUGAGCGCCCCCCUACCGUUGUAUAUACCCGAUCGCAACCGACAGGACAACGAGCUCGUGGCUCAAUGGUUAGGACGUUAAACUUCUAACCAACUAGUCGCGGGGUUGGGCAUGGCUGGCUGACGAAGGCUACCAAACCAGAAAUGACUAUUCCAGUCCCCCUUGUGUUUGUGGGUUACGCUACUCUGCAUGUAUAUAUUUUUGACGGACAUUAGUCCUUUGGGAAAUUUUCGACUCCGGUUCCUCAGGCCGUCAUGAGACGUAUAGUGCGAAAACAACUUAAGUUUAAACAUGCCUGAAAAAAGUUGAUAUUGCUUUUUCAUUGCUACUGCGGGCUGACACUAAUUUUGAUUAGCUAUCGCCUUUCCCAUUUUUAUUUGAAAUUUGUGUACAUGGCGUCUCAAGCGGUGUGCCGAUUGAUGCAUGAAUCAUCUGAUUGUAUGGCCCCCAGAAAUUCUCGGCAUUCCUUAUAUGGGCAGAAAAUGACAACUUGUUAUAUCCAAAGCAGAUUUGUGCCUAGUUUCUAGCGUCUGCAUGGCAACUUUGGAUAAGUGGUAUCGUCUCUUUACUGCCAACUUGUGUUCAUGUAGGCGUGUAGAGGCUGAUUUUCCAAUUUAACCUUAGUACACUGCAUCGCAGGUGCCACAUGGGGUCUUGUAGACGACUUCUUUUCCAUCCAUAUAGCCAACCCUGUCCCUUGGGUUUACAAACCGGUUGCAUAGCGUAGUCGUCGGGUUGUGCGCCACUUCUCUUUGGUGCUUCUUAGAUGUCUUUCAAUCAGUUCAAACACAUUUUAACGUAAGGAAGUGGUCGCCAGUUUUUCGGCUUGGGUGCCUGAUCAAAACAACAUGUUUCCUUAUCUUUUUAUUUUGAUCCCUGAUGUCUUAUGCAUCGGCGUACAACAUCUCUCGGGUAGCCAUUUCGGGAAAACAGAUCGAACAGAUAGUAACCUCCGUUCUGAGAGCAGUAUGUCGUUGCUCGAUUAAGUGGACUGUUAAGAUCACUCCGUUUCCGAGUAACAGGGUGAUUGCGCUACUGGAAGACGAAGUAAAUGUGUUCUUUGGGAAAUCGAACAAACUUUGUUUCCAAACUUUUCGACUCUGGUCUUCCAGGCCGUCGUCAGACGUGCAGUAAGUAUGGGUAUGACUGGCGGACGUUGGCUAAUAAGCCAGAGAUGGUCAUUCCAGUCUGCCUAUACCACGCAUCGCUGUGCGGCUGCUGGCGGGGCUCGAGAGAGAGAGAGAGCCCGUAAGACACAACGGAAUGAGUGAAUUCUGUAACGCGGUGGGCACCUCCUCCUCCGCACUACGGAAAUCCGCGCCGGAGGGCAGUUCUUCAGUACGCAGGCUGGCAGGAGUUAUACCCGUAACUCGUCUCGAGUAGUCGUAUACAGACCAUUGGGCUACUUUCCUGGAAAUAUUCUUCAUUCGCGUUAGUGAUUUUGAUCCCAAAAAAAUAUGAACUUCAUCUGCGUCACCUUGAGUCAGGAUGUUGGUAUGCAUGUUGCUUGUACGGGACAGCAGUCUCACGUGUUCUCCGUUUACUGAAUGCGACUUUCGAUGGCUUGAUUGUUUGCCGAUUAAUUCCCUUCUGUAAAACAGUUGAGAGGUUUUUCUUCCCCAGAGCUCUGUUUUCCCCUCUAGAGUCCUGGUAUAGUGUUACGCCCGAGAUUAUCGCCCGUCACCAAGCCCGGAAGUGUUCCUGUGGCCUUAUUAUCGAUGGUUUCGCGGGGGUCGGCGGCAACUCCAUCCAGUUCUCGCAGACCUGCGCUUUUGGUGAGUUUCAACACUAAGACAUAGCCUUUAUUUAUCUCCUGCCAUUACUAUUUUAGUCCUAGUUUCGUUCCCCUUGUUUUGACGAGCACACUUUACUCUCGUAGAGGGCCGCUCACCGAUCGUUUUUACAGAACUCACUCGUCCCGUUGUGCCUUACGGGCUCUCUCUCUCUCUCUCUCUCUCUCUCGAGUUCAACCGGCAGCCGCACAGCGGCGCAUGGCUGACGACGGCUAAUAAGCCAGAAAUGGCCAUUCCAGUCUCCCUUGUCUUUGUCGGUAAUAACAUACUGCCUAUAUCAUGCGCCGCUGUGCAGCUGCUGGUUGGGCUUGAUAGAGAGCCCGUAAGGCACAACGGAACGAUUGAGUUACGUUGAAACGAUCGGUGAGCGCCCCUCUGCCGUUGUAUAUUCCCGAUCGCAAUUGGCAAGACAACGAGCCCGUGGCUCAGUUGUGUGAGGCGUUGGACUCCUAACUUGCAGGUUGCGUGAUCGAGCCCCAGGUGUUCCACACUUCGGGAUUGGCUAUGACUGGCUGACGACGGCUAAAAACCAGAAGUGGCCAUUCCAGUCUCCCAUGUCUUUGUCGAUAAUACCACAUUUAACUCUGUUUCAUCAUGAAGCAAGUUCUUAUUUUUGCAUUCAGGUGUUCUUGCAUUAACUUUCAUGGUCCUACCACAUUGUUCGUACGUGAAGAUGGAUGUUAACCGACAGCGGGCCAAGCUGGCGGAGGGACAAGUUAGGACACAGGACGCGUUAUUCGGGCUGAGCACCCGUAACAAAUACCACACAUGGUGGCGAACCUAGAUGCAGACUCAUGCUGCUUGCGCCAAAUCCGGGGGCCGACCGGCUCCGACUGUGGACUGGCGUCGUCCUUUGUGCCGCACGUGUGUGGUACGCGCAGACGGGCUGUUUAGUCGGAUCUCGCCUCCCGGUCUUCUUAAAACUGAGCUCGUGUGAAUGAUGGAGGUGGUGCUGCGGUGGAUGCAGUGCCAGUCCACUAUCAUUAUGGGCGAAUUCACGCGCAGGUCAUCGUCCCUGCAGUUUCGGAAAAAAGGAGUACACUGGGACUGAGUUCCCCUCAGCUUCUCAAGUUCUCCCUACACAGUAUCGGUAGUAAAACAAAACAAUGAUGUAGUCGCCUUGGGUUCCUCGCUGCGCCCUGCGUCCUGUUUGACGGCUCCGCUCAUCGUUCGCCCUGACCGGUUGAUAGUGUCACAGUUAAAAGUACGCCAAGGACAUCGUCCAUUGGACCACUGCGUCGAAUUUACGGGCCAGAGCUAGUCUGUUGAAUGAGCCAUCUUCCACCUCGUCUAUGGUUAUUCUUCUUGGUCGUAACAUAUCCUUCUUCCUAUUUUUUUCACUUGUUUUCUUUUUGUUCUUUGUCAACUGAAAAUCUUUCUACGUUUUUGUUUAAAUAACCUUUACAGCAAUAAGUAUGCAUUUAGUCUCAAGACCUGUCUGUUGCUUUUCGAGGAGCACUAUCAGUGCGUGUCAAAUAAGUCGAUCGAAACUUAAGGCAGGUAGCAAGAAGGGACUGUGUCUGUAAGCGCACUCUGCGCUCUGGUUGGUCCUCUGAAAUCGUAUUGGUUUUUAGUAAUAUUCAAAAAAGCCAUUUACAGUUUUCGUGGGACCAGACAGUCAGAAAAGUGCGGAUGUCCAGGGCGACUGUACGCAGACAGUUGUCCUUUAGGUUAUAGCGGUUUCUGAAGAGAACUCGCUGCGAUUAUUUCCAUUUUUACAUCCUAUUUUCUUAUUGUUCUUCGCCAUCUAAUGUUUUAGUCCAACUAGGUGGUUACACAAUACUACUACUGGAUUUAUAUCAUGUAGCCGUAGACUAAGCUAAGGAGUGUGCGAUCUCAACUCCGCUCGGCACAUUCCCCACAUAUGACGCAAACGUACUAGUCACGCAGUUAUCGGUAUGAGUCUCCAAUCAUUCGGCGGAGCUAAGUUCUUGGUCUCCUAUUUCAUGCAGCGAUUUUUGCUUCAGUGCGUUUUGGAAUUCUUGGUCGAAAUCGUUUCAAAGAUCUAUUUUUGGCAUGCAAGUUCGAUUUAAAACUGCUUUUGGCUCCAAUUAAUAAGAUGUCUCCGCUUGCGUGAAAAUUCCCAUCUGCCUUUUUAUUGUCUCUGUUGACUUUAGUAAUCAGCAUUGACAACUGUGUAGAGCGUCUCGGUCUUCUUCGAAAGAAUGCCGCGGUUUACGGAGCAACGAGCAAAAUUGACGCCAUUUGUGGUGACCUGGCCCGUGUCCUGUCAGCUCUCCGAUCGGGACCCAUCGCGUCCCGCUCUCCUUCGACGAUUGAACCGGCAGAAAAACCCGUAUGUCCGUCUGAACAAGUCUCGCGCCACUCGUCCCGCGAGGAAUCAAAUCCGCUGCAUGCCGACGCGGAGAAGUCGUCGGUUGCUUUGGCCGCGACGUUAGCAGGAUCAGAUCUUUCCGCUGAGGGGACUCCGGGUCCCGCAGACACAAAUUCACUCGGCCUGCUCUCGCCCCCAACCUGUAAAGAACCCCUACUGGCGGACACUGAAAAUACGGUUCCGAGAGAGUCAGACGAGACGCUUAAUUGUGAAAAGGAACCCUCAAGUGCACCAGAGACACUCUUGCCUCCCACCGAAGACAAUUCUACAAUGGCGACUGUAACCUCCGAAAGCGAAGCAUCAGCUGCUUCAAAGGAGCCGCAAAUGUCAGCUGGCAUUGUCGAUGUGGUCUUCAUGUCGCCGCCCUGGGGUGGACAGCACUACAAGGAGCGCGUCUUGCCUCCGGGUGCCUCCAGUUGGAAUCGGAAGCGUCGCAAGUUAUGGUUCGAAACCCUCGGUGACGAGCCAGAGCCCUUCUUCAACCUCGAGGACAUUGAAGUCCUCCCGGGCGCCAUGGCUGCAGCGCGGCGGCUGACCAAUCGUGUUGUUGUCUACCUACCCAGAAACACUGCCAUUGGGCAAUUGCUGAAGUUGGGUUGGCGCGACAUGACUGACUGCCGAGACCGGGUUGAUGUCGCCAUUGAGGACUACUGGCUGCGUGGACGCCGUCUUGCCGUGGCGGCAUAUGUUGGUGAUUUCAACGACUUUGGGACCACGGAAGACUAA